UCUCCAUUAAUUUCAUUUUGAACGAAAUGGAAAGGAAAAUUCCACUGGCAUAAUUUUUAAUUUGUUCACUUCCAUUUGCUCCAAUGGCUCACUGAUUAUUCAUAUCACGACUUUACGGAGGAGUUAAUCGAUGAUAGAUGACGUUUGUAUAUACGUAAUAUCGGCAAGUGCGUGUCGUGAGCUUUGGAAUUUGCCAUUUCUGCGAAUUCGUCGUAUAAAAAGAGUAGGUACUUACUAGUGCCAAGAGCGGGUUAGUCGAGUACGAGUGUUCAUUGAACAUGGCCGAGGAAAAAUCUGCUGAGUUUCUUCUUUUGACCAAGGAAGAUGUGAGUACUGUCGUGGAGAAUUCUCUGGGUUCUGCGUUCAAACUAAUAGACUACAAGAUCACAAACUUCUCAGACCGGAUACUUGGCUUCAUGGGCGCGCAUCGACUACUCUCUGUCAGAGUUCGCGAAGAAACUAGCACUAAUGAAGAAACUCACAGCUAUUUUGUCAAGUGUUUACCGCCAACGAACGAAGAGCAGUCUCGCGUGUUGCAAAGCGUCAACUUUUUUUACAAGGAAGCCAACUUCUACAGUCAUAUCCUACCUAAAUUGACGGCUUCCAUCGGUGACCAUUCGUGGUGUCCGCGAAGCUAUCUGGUUAAGGGCAGCAAUUUAGUUGUCUUGGAAAACCUUGCAACGAAAAACUACAUUGUUAAGGAUAAACUUCUAGACAUUGAAAGUCUGAAGAGUGCAUUGGUCGCGAUGGCCAAGUUGCACGGGUCAACUGUGUUGGCGGAAAAGCGGCUGGGAAAGACUUUUCUCGAGUUACAUCCAAAAGCUCUGGAAGAGUCUCUCUGCAUCAAUCAAGGUUACACCAAAGAGUGGUACCGAACUGGGCUCGAUGUAGCCGCGGCCGUCGCUGAAAAGCUGGGUUUGAACGCAACUCUUAUCCCAAAAAUAUGCGAUCGUACUUUUGAAGCACUUUCCACCUUGAAGAUGAGGCAGAACGUUAUCUGUCACGGGGAUGCUUGGUCGUUCAACUUCAUGUUCAAAGACUCGCCGCUUGCGCCCAAUUGCGUUAUGAUGGACUUUCAGAUAAUUCGUUACGCACCGGCGGUGAUCGACGUAGCCCAAUUUUUCUACUACACUAUGAGAAGAGAGUUUAGGGAGAAGAAUGAGUAUCAGCUGUUGAGGCAUUAUUACGACGAAUUUGCGAAAAUUUUGAAGAUUGACGAAGAAGUAGUGGUACCGAGCUUUUCGCAGAUUCUCGAGGAAUUUGAGCUUUGUAGAAUUGUGGGAGUUGUAUCGGCUGUUUUGCAGCUGCCAUUGACUAUGGUGGAUGACGAAGUUGGGGCCGACAUAUUCAGCGAUGCGGGUGGUUUUGCCAGACUUGUUUAUCUCGACCGCGUCGAUUUAGUACUGGAUAUUAUGAAGAAGGAUUCCUCGUACAACGAUAGGAUUGUUGAAAGCGUGAAGGAAAUGGUUGAGAGAUCUAAGAAAUUACUUGGAGAGAUUAUACAAUGAAUUUAAUCAAUAAAUACAAAUUUAUGAAACAAUGAACAA